AAACCCGUAGCACAUUGGAGAUGGAUUCGAUGUUCGCCAACGCUCCUUACAGAGCUGUAAUCCUACUUAAACCAUUUUAAUGCGCUGACUGUUAGAGGCACUCUUAAUAGCUUUUGCAUACAGUUCCAUUUUAUUGGAAAUGUCGUAAAUGGCGCACGGAGAAUAAUGUGCAGAGCAUUUAAUGUGCACUUCCGGUGGAAUACACGAAUCAUUGAGCCGGAUGGAUGGGUUUAACAUAAAAAGUCCCGCCGCUUUUGCAUUGACUCCGUUUGAAUUGCUGUUUGAAUUAUUCAGUCCUAUAAAUUGCAUUGAAAUUAGUAUACUACCCGCUUAGCUUUAACCUAGAACCUGGUCCAGAUGAACCCACCCACCUACCUGCGGACGGGUGUAGAAUUUAAACCCUUCGACCACAAGCUAUAGACGAGUUACAUCGCCGAAAUGAAGACAGGUUCAUCUCGUUGGCAACCUGCUAAUCCGAGCAAUCGUAGACUGGUUACACCAUCAAGUCUACGCUUGCUUGAGUCAAGAUUACCACUGCUCGCUCAUUCGCUCCAGGAAAGUAACAGGUGUCAGUAGUGUGUUUGAAGCGUAGCGUGCUUUGUUGAAAGCAUUCCCAACUGCAAGAAUAAAAGGACACAAUUGCAGAUCACCAUGUAUCUUACAAGUACUUCCUCACCGCUGGAAAUUGUUUCGGUUGUAAGCCUAAACCGUUCAGUAGCCACGCAACAGAAUAUCGAGGCUGCCCAUCUCACACAAAUCCUUGGAGAAAAUAUUCAAAAAUGGCAAUCCGUCCUACAGCAACCGGACACCUCGGAAAGCCAAGCAAAGGCGGUGAACAAAAAAAGGUUUAGCUGCAAACACUGCAAGCGCAAGUUCGUCUAUCUGACCGGUUUAUCGCGCCAUGUGCAAAAAUUUCAUCCGGACAAAGAAUGCACGGCCCCGGACACCGAAAACCAAACGGAAGAAGGGGAAGCUGCACCUGCCAACUCACACCCAAGAACGUUGGCUAUCGUGGUGAAAUGUAAAAAUUGUGGAGAAAUCUUUCCCGAGCCGAAGCGCUUCGAAGCUCACACCAGCCGCUUCAACUGGGAGCUGAUGUUCGUGAACCAUACGGAAGAGCUGGGCGAAAAGGGUGCGGCCCUGUUUUCGCAGCAGCUUUUCAUCGUCAUUAUUCACACGGUAUUUCAGUGCGAGUUUUGUGAUGCAUUGUUUUCCGAUUGCCUGUCCCUGUUCUAUCACGAGGCACAUCACACGCCGCACGUCGGGUACGCGUGCACCUUCUGCCGGCUUAACUUUCUAACGCUGGAAACGGUACUGGACCAUCGGGCCCACUGCACGGAGUACAAGAAUUUUCGUGCCGCGCACCUGUGGAACGUAUCGGUGAUGUAUAGCUGCAACGCUUGCGCGGCCACGUUUUCAUCGCUUGCCGAAUUGUACGAACAUCGGUACGCCAACCAUCAUUACUUUCCACGUCGCAAUGGUCGGCUAGAUGCCGAACUACGUCCGGGUGAGGGCCGGAGCGGUCUAUGGCUACACUGCGAAAUCUGUGGCUUCUGUUGCGACCAUGUCUACAAGCUGUUACAGCACCGUGCUGAGAAGCAUGCCGAGUCCGGGCGAGAUACGAUGGCGGUGGCGGAGAAACCUGCCCCGUCUACCCAGAAGACGGUCAAACGCGUUGAUAAGGAAGUUGACACGAACCUGACCCGGCAGUUUCUGUGCGAAAAGUGUGGCAAAACGUACACCCAGUCCAGCCAUCUGUGGCAACACUUGCGCUUCCACAACGGGGUACGCCCAUUCGCUUGCUCCGUACAGGGUUGCACCCGGCGCUUCACGAUACGGCCCGAUCUAAGCGAUCACAUUCGGAAGUGCCAUACCGGCGAACGGCCGUACGUGUGUGAGGUGUGUCACAAACGAUUCCUGACCGGUUCGGUGUUCUAUCAGCACCGGCUGAUCCAUCGUAACGAGCGGCGCCACGCGUGCAAGGACUGCGAUCGACGGUUUUACCGGGCGGAUGCACUGAAGAACCAUAUGCGUAUACACACCGGCGAGAAACCGUACGCUUGUACGCAUUGCGAUCGCAAGUUUCGGCAGCGUGGCGAUCGGGAGAAGCACGUGCGCGUGAAACACAUGAAGUAUCGUUAAAUGGCGUCCAUCUUUGAAGUCUGGGAGAAGGGGAUUGGGCAUUGCGCUUGUGGGUUUAAAGCUAGAAAUGGCAAUAGUGAUGCGGUUGUACAGCGCAGGACUACCAAACAUUAUCGGGUAGAGUAGUGUUUCUGGCGUCUAGAAAUGACAUUUCAAUACAUAUGCUACUUGUUGUUGUAGUUUUUACUAAAUAAAUUAACUUUAACAAUUAAACUGUGUCAACUGUGUUAUGCAUUUGCUAUAUUGAAUUUGCUUGUCUUGCAGGACUUAAAAGCUCUUAGUAGGCGGUGUGCAUAAGCGUAUUUUAAUAUAGUAGCGCUUCUUCGAUUCGUUGCCAUUGGUUACAUACCCUAUUGCUACGAUAUGUCAUAGGAUGCUUACAUCUACACCUCCUUCCAGUUGGUAGUGAAGUCAGUUGCUAACCCGAGGGAAUCAGCCAUCAAAUCGUCUUUCGUGUCCGACUCCUACUACGAUGGACUUGCCUUUCAAAUAUAAUCAGGUCAAGGAUACUAGUAAUGGCAGACCAAGAUCUGUCGAAGCUGUGGCCCUCCAAAAAAUAGAAGAAUAUUGAAUUUGAAAAAAAUAAAUAAAUAAAAUAAAUAAAUGAAUUUGAAGAAGUUUUGGCAGAAAAAAAACUUUGCGUCACACACAUUCCAUACAUAACCUUUCUUUUUCCGCAUUUAUCGAAGAUGUGGUGUCCUAGAUAUCUUUCAAUAUUAAACACCAUCAACAACAUCCUCAAAUAUUGUUCGGUCCUAUGUGGCCUAGUUUUCUGUCGUUACGCACACCAACAGUACUAGAUGGUGUUAAAAACAGUCCUGUUGAAAGUCCAUUUUCUUAUCCAUCAAC